AUGUCCGGCUCACGUUCGCAAGAUGCUGUUUACAGUGGCUACCUAGUGUCGGUGGACGACUUCAAGAACUUCUUUGUGACCAUUAAGCCCUCUCUUGCGGGGAGGCCCUUCGACGAGUACGUCGUUGGCUACGACGCCUGGAGAUUUCGCCUCCCAAAGGCUGAUCAAGCUAGAGUGCCAAGGCUCCGACUGAUUCCGCUUCCUGACAUCCCUGCAUUUUGUAUGCCCACCGAUGACAUGGUCGACAAGGCCUUCUUACCCACUCGUUAUGUGCGCUACACUAGCAAGAAACAGCUACGCCGCAACGAAAAGAACAGACACCUUUGGGAGGAAAAUGAGAAGGACCGAGCGAAGCUUGAGGAGUUUUCUCGCUUCAUUGCGUCUCUGGGUGGCAAACUGGAUGUCACGACAGUUGCUGGUUUUGGUUGUUUGAAGGACAUGCAUCCGAGUUUUACUUGGGGUUUCUGA